UAUGAAUAUGUAUAUUAGCCCUCUACGAGGAAUACUUCUGUGACUUUAUUUUGCAUAUCGUCAUCUACUGGUCCAUGUUGUGGUGUUGCGGAUACCCAAUUUCCUGUACGAAAAAGCAUCCCUGUUCUGCUUCCAAUAUUUUCCAGUGUUAUACAGUGCAUUAAAUCAGUUGAAACCAAUUAACCUGAAAUUACUUUUGUACCAGUAAGACUGCUUACCAAUUACUCUGCUUAUGAAUAUGUUAACGAUUAAGCCUUACCUACUGGUAGUAUUUUGUGAUGUCUUCCUAUUGGCAAUCCAAGCACAAGUUCCACCAGAUUGCAGAUACAGUAUUGGAAUGGAAAACGGAAACAUAGCCGAUUUAAGAAUUAGUGCCUCUGGGUUUCUGUUGCCAACAUUUGCGCCUUCCAAAGCUCGAUUGAACGUAGACAAGGGAAGGUACGAAGGUGAAGCGUGGAAGCCAAUGGUGUCUAAUAGUAUGCAAUGGAUUAAAGUAGAUAUGCGUGUUCCCGUAUUGGUGACGGGAGUGAAGACCCAAGGUAGAAAGGGAUCUGGUGAAUUUGUCAGAAAAUAUGUUGUGAAGUACAGUAAUGAUGACAAAACUUGGACUGAUAUUUGGAAAUCACGUCAAUUGAAUAUUAAGAAUUUUAUAGGAAAUACAGAUGAUAAUUCGGUUGUUACGAACUACUUUGAAGAAGGCGUUAAAGCGAGGUUCAUCAUGAUCAUGCCUGUACACUGGAUGUAUCACAUUGCCCUCAGAUUUGAGCUCAUUGGGUGUCCAGAAUGUUAUAAACUCAAAAAUGCCAGGGAUUAUCGAGGAUCCAUUAAUAGAACACCUACCGGUAGAACGUGCCAAAAGUGGACAUCACAGACACCACAUGAACAUGGCUACAAGCCAGAAAAGUUUCCAAACGGAGAAUUGGGCGAUCAUAACUUGUGUCGUAACGUCGAUGGCUAUUCACACGCAUGGUGUUAUACGACGGACCCAGAAAAAAGAUAUGAAGACUGUGAUAUCGGUAGUCCAGGAGAAUAUUGCGAAGACGAGGAGUUGCUUGUACGCCUUGUUGACGGAAACACUACCUUAGAAGGGCGUGUUGAAGUGUUUUUUGAUGGUGUAUGGGGCACCGUAUGCGGUGACAGCUUUGGUUCAAGUGAUGCCAAGGUUAUAUGUAAGAUGCUUGGAUUCCAAGAAACAGAUUCUAAUCAGUGCUGCAAAAGCUUUGGCCCUGGAAGUGGUAACAUAUUCAUCGACGAUUUAGAGUGCUUAGGACAUGAGGAUUCAUUGGAACAGUGUCGUCACAGUGGUUGGGGUGAACACAACUGUAACCACCAAGAUGAUGUCGGUAUCAUUUGCAAACGUAAUUAUUUUUUGAAUUUUUUUUUUUACAAUCUUAAUCUUUGAAUAAUAAAGAAAAAUUUAACAUUUCAAGUUUAAUUAUUUUUAUUUUGUAGCAACGCACCGCAAUACGUUUACCGUAAUUACC